AUGUUCCUCGGACUGCUGCUCCUCGUCCAGUGGGGGCCUUCGGAGGUCAGAUGUCAGAACGACACAGAGCCAAUCGUGUUGGAGGGAAAAUGCCUGGUGGUGUGUGACUCCACCCCCUCUGCCGAGCCGUCAGGUAACGCCCUGGGCAUGUCGGUGAGGUCGGGCACCGGUCGUGUGGCAUUCUCCGCCAUCCGUAACACCAACCAUGAACCCUCUGAGAUGAGCAACCGCACCAUGACCAUCUACUUUGAUCAGAUUCUCGUGAACGUGGGUAGUCAUUUUGAUCCAGCGAGGAGUAUCUUUGUGGCCCCCAGAAAAGGAGUCUACAGUUUCAGCUUCCAUGUGGUCAAAGUCUACAACCGACAGACAAUACAAGUGAGUUUGGUCCUCAACGGCUGGCCAGUGAUCUCGGCCUUUGCGGGCGAUCAGGACGUGACCAGGGAAGCGGCCACCAACGCCGGGCUGGUCAUGAUGGAGAGAGGGGACAAGGCUUACCUCAAACUGGAGCGGGGGAACCUGAUGGGAGGGUGGAAGUACUCCACUUUCUCUGGGUUUCUGGUGUUCCCCUUGUAG